AUGAAGUUGCUCAUAGAUACUGAAAGUGACUCAUCGUUCUCCAUUGAUGUUGAUUUCUUGGAUACACUGUUAAUCAUAAAACACAAGAUCGAGAAGGCUCAAGGUAUCCCUGUUUGCAAACAAACCCUUUUCUUCAAAGGCAAUGUUCUUCAAGACCAAUUUAAGAUACGAAUUUGCCAUAUCCUAGAAAACUCUCGUCUCUUUCUCUACAUCUCUCCGGACGACAACCCUCAUCAGAACAACCACGAUCAAACCGAGCAAUCUCCUUCACAUCCAAUUCAUGGGUACGUUAACAAUCAAGAUUUGCCUGUUGUGAGCAACAAAGACUCAAUGAAAGGGGAACAGGUCUGCAAGAAGAGCCAACAUUAUCGCCCUGUCCAAAGGAUCAUGGCAAGGAGAAUCGAUAACGGAUCAUCACGACCGUCGUAUUCACUUGAUGAGUUACUUGCCCCUCAAGAUUUGCCGCCUGUGACGUUUGUUGGAAGCAAAAGAAACAGGAAUCAAGAAGUGGUUCAAACCGAGCAAUCUUCAACGUCAGACUCAGUCAAAGAGGUCAUGAACAUUCAAACCAGCCCAAUGAAGCUAACAGUGAUGGUGCAGCCACCAUAUGAGGAGACCAGAAAGAUUCGAAUGGAGGUUAACGCAAAUGAUAGAAUUAAAGAACUGAGGAAAGAGCUGGUUGAGAUGCAAAAGAGGGGUGAGUUAGAUCUGCCUCCCCAAGGUUAUUUCUUUGUUCACAAACAGAAACCAUUGGCCGAAACUAAGACAUUCUUCUGGUACGGUGUUGCUGAGGGCGAUACAAUUAAGAUUUCUCGCUUAGUUGUUUAUUCUUGA